GCAGCAAUCAUUGACGCUAAGAGCUUGUUAAUCGCUGCCAUUUCAUCUUGCAAUUGAUAAUUCCUUGCGAGUCUUUCGUAGUAAAGUUAAAAUUUGACAUACUGUUGUUGCUCCUUUUUCUAAAGCUGCUUCAUGUUCUGCUGCACCGUGCAUGGUGUAUCUUAUACAACAUUUGGCUGCUGGCUCACCACAAAAUAAUCAGGAUUAGGCUUCAAAAGCUAAAAAUGAUUGCUGUAGCUAGGUGGGCUAUUGCGACGAGCUUGAGUCUUGUUUGGCCUUAGCGACAUAAACUGUUUUUGCGCCGAUGUUACCGCUGAUGAAACCACAUUUUCUAUGAUCUUGUCAGUGGACGAAUUUUUUCUUCAGAAAGUGGAAGGAUUUGUAAGAGAAGCACCACAAUUCUCAAAAUUGCAUGAUCGCCCUCUCGAAUCUCAACGAGCAGGUCGUGCGGCAUUUUGGACUGCUCACGUAGCUGAGACCCAUCAGGUACAGGCUGUGCUUGAAAUGGCUAGUGCCCCAUCAGCUUUAAGAAAAAAACUUUUUUCUUGAAAAUGGAUCGAAUCACUGUUCAAGCUGAUUACACGACAGGUCUACAGGAGAGACUAAAGGAUGCAAUCAUCGACAUGAAGAAGCAUUAAGAUGAUAUGUUUGCUCAUUUAUCACGCCACGUAGGAUUGCAAGAACAUGUGCGGGGAUAUGAACUGAUCAUACCCUGAGCGAGCAGCUUUUGACAUCACUACACGCCGAGUUACGAGAAAUACCGUCUCGUGAGUACAAUGCGAAGUGCCGAGCUUGGGGCUGUUGAACCAAAGUGAAUCAGAAUGCACAUUUUUCAAUGCACAAUUUAAAGAGUGGUACGUGAGCUUGAGCACACCACGAGGACGUACUCUCCGAUAAAAUCAUUCCAAAUUGUUCCACCUUAGGGUCGGCGCUUGCUAGCUUAAGAAAAACCAUAGGAAUUCAUGGUGCAAUCAAAAAAAAUUUAACUCGAGAUCGAAAUUGUUUAUUUAAGUUUACGACUUGCUGUAACUUCGCAAGAGACAAUUGUUUAUGCAGAUAUUCGAAAACUCCAGAUAUCAUGAGCUUGCUAACAUGCAAACUUGGUUGCUUAGGGCUCUUUAACCAGCUUCAAAUUGGCACAAAAGCAGAUCUUUGCGACUUGGGAGGUUUUACUAGGUGCUCAUUCGUAUCUGUGCUUAUUUGUCCCACAUGAAAAUUGCAGGCAAACUAUCACUCGAUACGAGCAAUGUCCUCGAAUUUUUUUACUGAUAAGACUGUUUGUAGCAUCGCUGCUUCAAAUGUCAUGUUGCAAUUUCUAAAGGUGACUCCUGUUUUCUGCAUUUUAACAAGCUCGAUAAGCAUCUAAUGUUUUCCCCUGAUAACUUAGAUCUAAUGAGAUAGAUUUAAUUAUGGCGGCAUGACGAGGUCCGGCAGACAAUGCCGGACAGCAUAUUC